GUCAGGGCGGGGUGGAGCUGUUGUCGGUUGGGCUCGGGCCGCUGCCGCUGCCGCUGGGGAGGGGAACGUCGAUAGAUCGGUCGGUCGGUCGGGGAAAGGCUGAGAUUGAGGGAGCUGGAUAUCAAAUCCGAGCGAACUCCGCCGCGGCGUCCAACAUGCCGAGUAAUAAAUUAGAGAGGAGUGACCGCAUUGAAGCCAGUGACAAUGUGAAAGUUGUGGUACGCUGUCGGCCAAUGAAUGAAAAAGAAAGAAAUAUGGGACACAGACAAGUGGUGAAUGUGGAUGAGAUACGAGGAACAAUCACGGUCUAUAAGACAGAUGCCGCCAAUGAGCCACCAAAAACAUUUACUUUUGAUACAGUUUUCGGACCAGAGAGCAAGCAAGUAGAUGUGUACAAUCUCACAGCAAGACCUAUUGUCGAUUCUGUUCUGGAAGGAUAUAAUGGCACAGUAUUUGCUUAUGGACAAACUGGCACUGGGAAGACAUUCACCAUGGAAGGAGUACGAGCUGUGCCUGAACUUAGGGGUAUUAUUCCCAAUUCAUUUGCACAUAUAUUUGGCCAUAUUGCAAAGUCUGAGGGAGAUACCAGAUUCCUUGUGCGAGUAUCUUACCUGGAGAUUUAUAAUGAGGAGGUUCGUGAUCUUCUUGGAAAGGAUCAGAGUCAGAGACUGGAGGUUAAAGAACGGCCUGAUGUUGGAGUAUAUAUUAAAGAUCUCUCUGGUUAUGUAGUAAACAAUGCAGAUGACAUGGACCGUAUUAUGACUUUAGGGAAUAAAAACCGUUCUGUUGGUGCCACAAAUAUGAAUGAGCACAGUUCUCGUUCUCAUGCUAUUUUCACCAUUACUAUUGAGUGUAGUGAAAAAGGAAUAGAUGGAAAUAUUCACGUGCGCAUGGGCAAGCUACACCUCGUUGAUCUUGCUGGUUCAGAACGGCAAGGAAAAACUGGAGCCACAGGGCAGCGAUUAAAAGAAGCAACAAAGAUUAACCUCUCAUUGUCCACCCUUGGUAAUGUUAUCUCGGCCCUUGUUGAUGGUAAAAGUACACAUGUGCCAUAUCGUAACUCCAAGUUGACACGUUUACUUCAAGAUUCAUUAGGAGGCAAUUCGAAGACCAUGAUGUGUGCAAACAUUGGACCAGCGGAUUACAACUAUGAUGAGACCAUCAGUACUUUACGCUAUGCAAACAGAGCAAAGAAUAUCAAGAAUAAAGCUAGAAUUAAUGAAGAUCCUAAAGAUGCUCUUUUGCGUCAGUUCCAGAAGGAAAUUGAAGAUCUCCGGAAUAAACUGAAGGAAGGCGAAGAAAUCUCUGGUUCAGAAAUAAGUGCGUCUGAAGAUGAAGAAGAAGAAGGGGGAAAUGGAGAGGGAAGAGAGAAGAAAAAGAAACGGAAAGGGAAGAAGAAGGUAUCUCCUGAAAAGAUGGUGGAAAUGCAGGCAAAGAUUGAUGAAGAGAGAAAAGUUCUUGAAACUAAGCUUGACAUGGAGGAGGAAGAAAGGAACAAAGCAAGAGCAGAGCUGGAGAAGAGAGAAAAAGACCUCCUGAAAGCACAGCAAGAACAUCAGACUUUGUUGGAAAAAUUGUCAGCACUAGAGAAGAAGGUGAUAGUGGGAGGAGUGGAUCUAUUGGCUAAAGCUGAAGAGCAAGAGAGGUUGCUGGAUGAAUCUAACUGUGAACUGGAGACUCGUCGGAAUCGUGCAGAACAACUUCGGAAAGAGUUGGAGGAAAAAGAGCAAGAACGUCUAGACAUCGAGGAGAAGUAUACCAGUUUGCAGGAGGAAGCGCAAGGUAAAACAAAGAAACUGAAAAAAGUUUGGACCAUGCUGAUGGCAGCAAAGUCUGAGAUGGCAGACCUGCGGCAAGAACAUCAACGUGAGAUUGAAGGGUUGCUGGAGAAUGUAAGACAGCUCGGCCGAGAACUUAGACUCCAGAUGCUCAUUGUUGACAACUUUAUUCCGCAAGAAUACCAGGAGAUGAUUGAAAACUACGUACACUGGAAUGAAGACAUCGGGGAGUGGCAGUUGAAAUGUGUGGCAUAUACAGGAAACAACAUGAGAAAACAGACGCCAGUCCCGGACAAAAAAGAAAAAGAUCCCUUUGAAGUGGACCUGUCUCAUGUUUACUUGGCCUACACUGAGGAAAGUCUUCGUCAGUCAUUAAUGAAACUGGAGAGACCAAGAACUUCAAAAGGAGGAAAAUCCAGACCCAAAACUGGAAGAAAGAAACGGUCUACAAAGGCUGAAGCUGGAAUUGACUCCUUCAAUGAUCAAAUGACCAGUCUGACUAUAGUGGGAAAUGUUGCAGGACAUUGAAAAAUGCCAUGGCAAAGAACAAUUAUGAUUUAUGUAUCAUACGAGCAUUUCUGGAACCCACAUUUACUGGUCUGUGUGACAAAUUUAUUGCUAAUGAUGAUGGAAUGUCAUGAGAUCAAGUUUUGUUAACUAAUGUUUUGAAAUUCUAUUAUUUUGAGGUCAAGAUUCCUUGGCUUAUAUUGUGUCUUAUCAGUGAAUAUAAAGUACUCAUUUGGGCAGCUAAGCUAUUCAUUAAAAAAAUAUGUAUCUGACUUUAAAUUUAAAGCAAAUAAUACUAAACAUUUACAGCUUAAAGGACUUUAAGCUCCUAAAAUUGUUCCAAACAUCAGGUACCAAAUAACUUCAUUGAGCUGCAACUGUUACCUCUAUCCUGUGUAAUUCCUGCAAUAUAGAGACCGUAACGUUCAAACUUGGCAUAAUUUUUACCACUUUUUCAUGUACAUCUUGUGUUAGUUUAAAGCCUCGUGUGUGCUAUUGUUGGCGUGACAUGUUAAAGGUUUGGAGUUAUGAUUGUGUUCAGUGACUGAUGUAAGUUAAGUGAAUGUUGAAUACUCUGGAUAGUAUGGUUCCUUUAUUUUUCUAAGAGUGCAUAUUACAUCAGUCCUUUCAUAACCACAUUGUUAAAUUAAAAGGUACAUCUUUUACCCUGGGAGAGUGGGGAGGAUGAAGAACAUUAAUUAUUUGCCUUCUAUUUCAUCGCCAGCAAGGAUUCAAGAAAAUGUGGAUGGAGAUGAGGUUCCGUAAGAUGAAAGGGUUUUGUGACACAGAAACUGACACUUCCAUUUGAUGGGGAAGAUUAAGAAGUAAACAAGGGAGGAUUUGGGAAGAUAACUAGGGAUGAGCUGUUAUUUCCGCUGUUGAUUUAUACUUUGGGAAAAGUUUGAUGUUCGUCAAAAUCACAAGAGAAUAAGUCGAAAUUAUUUUAGGAAGACAUUCAACAUGGAAUACUGUAACUAGUAUAGUAGAAAUUGAACUUUGUAAAAUGUUUUAGGCAUGGGAAAUUAAUCACUCAAUGGAUAAAGGUAAAACAAAAUACAGUGGUAUUGGAUUUAAUGGAUAGUACUAGUCACUACUGGUGAUGGUCUUGGAUUCUUCCUUGAUCAAAUCACAUUAAACGAUCAUUUCAUUUGACAGUUGGCAGCUAUUUAAUGCAUGAGAAAUAAAUGGAAACAUCCUAUGUACUGGAAGCUGUUAACUAAGGAAGCUUUAAACAUAUAUAUAGGAAACAACAGUAAAGCACUUUUGCACAUGUGUAGGGUGGUGCCCAUGGUGGGGUAGUUCUGUCUGUAAUGUUAUUUAAGUUCUCAACACGUCUCCACCAGGAACUCAGGAUUGGAGAACGAGUCUUUGAUAGUUAUUAUUUUUAAAACACUAACUCAGAUAUUUUGCUUAAACAUUCCUUGUAUUUGUGAAAUGGAAAGCUGCUCUCGUUUGUGAACAUGUGAAGUAUUCUGCUUAGAGCAUUUAUCUGGGAGGAAGGUACCUGAGAUUUGUUCAAACUGUUGUAGGAUAGAUAACAAGGAAAUUGUCAGCUUGCACCAACAAAGUAUGAAUUCCCAUUAUUGAUGACUUUCAACCAUAUUCUUAAAUGUUGUGCCAUUCAGCUAUGUAAACAUUUUACAAGGUUAGGAAAAGCAAUUAUUUAUAACUUUAGUAAAACAGAUUGCCACCCAUUCCCAAGACUUUGCCGUCAAUUACUGUUUAAAGUGCAAAAUGAAUCUUUAUGUGCUGAUGCUUUGGAUGCACAGAGCUCGAUGCUGACCUGGGAAUACUUGCAGUUACAUCACUUGAAACCUAUCUGGUUGAAACAGCAAUGUUUGGUGCCCGUGUGUGGUUCUAGGGUAGUAGCAGAUAAAAAAAUAUGGUAAGCCUUUCAGUUUUCAUUGAUGUGGCAUUCGCUGUAAAGAUCCCAGAGUCCUGUCAUUUUCAUAAAUUAGCAGGACCGAGUCAAAUUCAAAGUACCCAGCUGUGUCCACAGCAAGGUUAAUUUGUUUCCAUUCUGUAAUAUGUUAAACAGGUCAUUGACAGUAACCUGGGAGUUUGUUGAUUCUUUGCCACACAUUUACGAAUCGAAAAAAAUAUUUAUUUUAAUUAGCUCAUUCUUGGUCAGAAAUGUCUUGAUUCUGGUUCCAAGGAUUAAAAACAAAUUUAGGUUUUCGUGUGACUAAAGAAAAAAAAUCAAUAUACUUAAUAAUCCAAAGUAUGAGGAUUUAUAUUGUAGAGGUAAUAGCUUUGAAGGAUUCAAAUGAACUAAUUCUAUUAAAUACCCUAUUUUCAACUUAUUUCCCUUUGACAUUAUUAAUGAAUACCUCUAUUAUAUAGUACCAGAGCACAAAAGUGAUCAGAACUUGUGUUCAAAUAUAUGGAUGACAUGACCAUGCCAGAGUCCUACAAGCAGAACCACUGGGGCAGCAGUGGGUAGGUUCCCCCGUAUCCUAAAAUUAAGGUUGGUUGCCCCUGGCAACUACCUAAGCUCCUCAGUGUUGGAAUAAAAUCUACCACGUGAAACAAGCUUUACAAAUUAAAAACUUUUUACACAGAAUCCCGCAGACUUGCUAGUGGAAUGUAAACCUCUGUAAUAUAAAACUGCAAGUACAGCUGAUUUGGUUAUCUGCAUAAUUAUUGAAAUAUCUGCAUUGUCAGAUUGAGAAACUUGACCAUGUAAGUGGUUUGCAAAUGAUCUCUGAGAUAUCUGCAUUUUUUUUGUGAACUUUAAUGCUUUAAUGUGGUAAUUUCUCAAAUUAAUCUCGAGAAUUUAUCUGAAAAAUUGUUUACUUCAAGCAUAUUAAAAUAAUCUUAUUUUAAUCUGUGAAUGAGCAUCAAUUCUUUAAGUAUCUGGAUUUACCAACAAUUGGUCAUGGCGACUUUAUUGUCUACUAUAGAUUUGAACUUAACAGUUGAAUAUAUUGUUGCAUGUCAUAUUCAUAAUGCAAAGCAUUGUCUUUGUUUUAUUACUGUGUACUCGAUGUCCAUUGUUGUAGCAAAGGUUACUGUAGAGUGUUUAAAAAAUAAUAAUAGAAAUCUGCACAUGUUCUUAAAUUAUAUACUAAUACUGGGAUAUGUGAUGAGAUUAUUCCAGGGGCUCCCUGGUUCGUUUUUAAUGUAAACUAACUUCGUAUGCGAUGUGCUUCGAGCAGUUGGUUUAAGCUCUUCAAAAAAUGUGUUUUUACUGGUUAUUCAAUGUAAUCUGUUGUGUAGGUUGUGCAGUGGUUUACAUAUAAGACCAUGCAUAUGUAUAUAUAUGCAGCAUGUUCAUGUCAAAAAAUAAAACAUGUAGAUUGCUAUCACUAAACCUCAGCUAGCAAUGCUAUUUGAAAUGAAUGUACCAUGAUUGUUAAAUGAGUUGUCUUUGUUUUAAAUGUCAAUUAAAAAUUGUGAUGUCAACUGA